AUGCUAUUGUCCUGCUGGCCGAACGAAGCGCUGGAGUUGUACCUGCAUAUCCUGUCCCAGAGAGCGCUGGAAAAGCAACCCGUCAGAGAUCAAGACAUUGAUCCUGUGGCCAUAGAAGACUCGCAGCUGCAGCACCUAGCCCCUGCCCUGCAGCCACAGGACACUCCGCCAGCUGCGCAAUCUCCACCUUCCAUCACCCAGAUCCAAAGUCAAUCUUCGCGACGACGAUCUUUUCUGGAGGCUCUCCUCGCACGCCAGCAACGUCGAGGCCAGCGUCGCAAUAAUCGUGCCGCGACACAGAGAGUUCUCAAUCCUAUCAACUACGUCCCCCGACCUACCCCCGUGUCCAUAGAUCGUCAAACGCACCUUCCACCUGGCGCUGAACCAGGCACCGGCGAAGUCCACACACUCCUCAGCCUGCCCGAACAGCGGCGGUCGCGGCAGUAUUCUCAAGAGGGUGAUCUCGUUGAGCACAGCCCGCAACUGAGCUCUGCUGCUGGUUCUCGGACGAGCAUUGGUCUACCGCCCAACCAACGUCGCACUUCCGGCCUCGGAUCAGGAUCUCAUCUACCCGCCAUGACCGAUGAAAAGUUGAACGAACCAGAGCAGGCGCACCUCGGCGGUGGUCGCUACGACGAUCUCGAAGGCCAACAGGCUCAAUCCAAUGCCCCGUCCCGCCUUGCAUCUCAAUAUGGUAUAUCUCCUCACGAUCAGCCCUCCCAGCCCCCACGCCGCGUAUCCUCAUCACGGUCUCUCAGACACUUCCGCUCGCAAGGAUCUCUACGCUCGCAUCCCUCUCGGACAAACACCACCAAUCUCGACGAUGCGCCACCUUUACCACCGCCACCGCAAACUACUGGUUACCCCUCUGCAGAAGAUGGCGACGUCGACGAAGAGCUCGCUUGGGGUCCCUCGCAUCCAUGCUUUCCCCACCUGAAUCCUCACGUUCCCAUAUCAUCUCCCGAGUAUACCACCACGCGUGUCAUCAGAAUCAAACGUGAUUGGAUGGUCGUUGGCGAUUUGGCGCCUACAUUCUCGAACAUCUAUCCUGAAAUCCUUGACCCACUGAUGAACGAACAAGAAUUCCGUUAUAUCGUCCGCCAUAUCAAUGCAACGCUUGUACAGGCUUUCGACCCAUACAGCACCUACAACUGGCUUGAUGGAAUUCUUGGCUUUGUGACCGGCUGGUUCUGGGAGGAUUUUAGACCCACCGGCGUCAAAGGUAGCUUGAAGGAGUUGGAGGCGUGGAUGGACAGCUGGAAUCGGGAGCAAGGGAGUAGAGAAGGUAUCAAGUUGAUCAGCCUACGGAGAACAGGUUACAUGAAUCUCGACAUUCAGAUACCUGACCCACAGGUCAGAAUGGUGGGCGAUGACGAUGGCCUGGAGCAGGAACCAGAACCGCCUGCGGAGCGAUGA